GGAGCCCGGAGGAGAGCCAGCCGCUUGCAAACACGCACGCACGGUGGCAGGAGAGAGUGCGGAGCUGCCCUGCCGGCCCUAGGGCCGCUGGAGGAAAGAGAGAGGAGAGAUGGAGCCAGGGCCGCCCGCAGAGACGCCGCCGGUCCGCGGCCCCGUCGCGGCUACCUGCCGCCCCCCGCCGCAGCCGGGCAGCGCCGGGAUUUUCGCCGCCGCCGCGGCGUCCCGCCCCGACGUGGCUCCGCCGUGGUGUGGCGGCCCCCGCUGCUGCUGCUGCUGCUGCUGCUGCUGCUGCCGCCGCUGCCCCGCGCCCGCCGCCCGCCCCGCCGACGCCGAGAGCGGCGCGGUCCCCGCCGCCCGUCCUGCGGCUGCCGCGGCCGGACCUGGGGCCGGGGCCGCUCCGGCGGCGGCGGCGGCGGCUGCCCCGGCCCCGGCGGCGGCGGCGGCGGCGGCGGCGGCGGCCGCCGCGGCUCCUCCUCCUCCUCCGCCUCCUCCACGGCCGCCGCCGCGGGGCCCUAAAGCCGCCCGGCUCAAGAGGAUGGUGCGGCUGGCGGCCGAGCUGCUGCUGCUGCUGGGGCUCCUCCUGCUCACCUUGCACAUCACCGUGCUGCGCGGCGGCGGCGGCGGCGGCGGCGAGCCCCACGCCCCCACGGGCGACGGCAACCACAGCCAGCGGCAGAACACACUCACUGCAGAAGACCGUUCUCCUGAAGACAGCUUCACCCUGAACCCUGAGGACAGAAGAGAAUACCCUGAUCUCCAGGCUGCCCACCGGCCGUUCCCUAAGCAGCGAUUCAGGCAGGAAAACAGACAUACGUCCUUGCAAAGAGAUGGACCCAGAUCUUUCCUCCUGGAUCUCCCAAACUUCCCUGACCUGUCAAAAGCAGAUAUCAAUGGGCAGAAUCCCAACAUUCAGGUUACCAUUGAAGUGGUGGAUGGCCCCGACACUGAGACAGACAAGGAGCUGCAGAAAGAGAGCAGCAAGCCUAGCUGGCCAGUCCCAUCACCCGACUGGCGAAACUGGUGGCAGAGGUCCUCCACCUUGACCCGCAUGAGCAGCGGUGACCAGGACUACAAGUAUGACAGCACGACUGAGGACAGCAACUUCCUCAACCCUCUCGGUGGGUGGGAUAGUCAUGCACCCAGUCACCGGACGUUUGAGUCCAAGGAGCAGCCGGAGUACGACUAUAUUGAUGGCGAGGGAGACUGGAGCCCGUGGUCCCUCUGCAGCGUCACCUGCGGGAGCGGCAGCCAGAAGCGGACGAGGUCCUGCGGGUACGCCUGCACCGCCACGGAGUCACGGACCUGCGACAGGCCCAACUGCCCAGGGAUCGAAGAUACCUUCCGGACAGCUGCCACAGAAGUGAGCUUACUUGCAGGAAGUGAAGACUUCAAUGCUACCAAGCUAUUUGAAGUUGAUACUGAUAGCUGUGAAAGAUGGAUGAGCUGCAAAAGCGAGUUCUUGAAGAAAUACAUGCACAAAGUGGUCAAUGAUCUUCCCAGCUGCCCGUGCUCCUACCCCAGAGAAGUUGCAUACAGCACUGCUGAGAUCUACGAUCGAAUUAAGAGGAAGAACUUCCGCUGGAAAGAUGCAAGUGGUCCAAAGGAAAAACUGGAGAUCUAUAAGCCCACUGCACGCUACUGCAUCCGCUCCAUGCUGUCUUUGGAAAGCACAACACUUGCAGCACAGCACUGCUGCUACGAUGAUAAUAUGCAGCUGAUUACCAGAGGGAAAGGGGCAGGUACACCAAACCUGAUCAGCAUCGAAUUCUCAGCAGAACUCCAUUACAAAGUGGACAUUCUGCCUUGGAUUAUAUGCAAAGGUGACUGGAGCCGAUACAAUGAAGCACGGCCUCCAAACAAUGGGCAGAAGUGUACAGAAAACCCUUCAGACGACGACUACUACAAGCAAUUUCAAGAAGCAAGGGAAUACUGAGAAGAUUAUCCUCCUCUUCAGACACAGAACAGCAUUCGUUUCCUGGGUGCCAAAGAACUGAUAGCGGCUGCUGCAUCGUCUCCUUGACAGGGGCUGAUCAGUUUCUUUCUAAUGAAUGUAUAUAGUUGUAAUAUAAUCCGUAAGUAUUUUUCAUAGUGUGUGUAAUUUAUAAACACGUAUCUCUCUAUCUCACACACACCUAUUUUUACAUACAGACAUACAUAAAACUCGUCCUGGUAGGAUUUUAUACUGCAAUAACAUACAUUUAAUAACGUGCAUUUCAUUUUAUUCCCCAACUGUAACCCAAGUGUGAGGUGGGGCGGGGGCAGCUGCCAUCACCGUCCGGCCCCAAGGCCCCAGCUGAGGAGGGCACAUAUUUAAAAGUUGGUAUAAACAACAGGAUUGAAGAAUGUACUCUUCCAUAUGGGAAUGGUUUACAAGAUUAAUGCACCUACAGCAUCAGUUUUCUCCAUAAUUGAUUUCAUGGCUAGUCAUAUCAGAGAAAGGAAGAAAUUUUUUUUUUUUUUUCGGAAGGGCAAUACUCAAAGAUGAAUAUAAACAGUUAAUAGCAAUUUUUUCUUGGAAUUCUUCCUGUUACCUUCUAGCUCAGGUCUUUGCAGUCCAUCUGGGGUAGGCUUGCAGGGAGACAUAGCUGUGGUUUUCCAGAAAAAGCUCCGAUGCAGUGGUUCUGCAAGAGUUACAGCAACCCACUCCUGGAGACAUCUCGGAUACGGAGCUACAGCUGUCAGGGCUUACAUCUUGUGCUGGGGAGCAGAUCUUCACGGCAGCUACCUGUAAACUAGGCGUGCUGUAAGUCUGAGGAGGAGUGAGGCCAGAGAAGGAAACCAUGUGAAAGAAAAAAAAAAAAAAAAAAAAAAACAAAACACAACAGUUACUUCCCAGUUUUUAAUACGAAGAGUGUUUAGAUCUGAUUGUUUCUUUCUUUUCUCAAAAGAAAGAAACAAAGUUUAUUUUUUUAAAGAACAGGAAAACUGGAAUAUGCUUUUCUGUGUUCCCUGAGAUAAGGCAUGCAACCAGCCCUUUUCCCCCAUUUAUCAUAUGCUGAGUUCACAGUGUCCUACAGAAGAAGCUAUUCUUUAAAGAAGCUGUCUGGCAGGAACUAUUGGUGAGUGAAAAAGUCGUGAUUUUUUUAAAAAAAGCUAGCAUUAUUUUUGUAAAGUAUUUAUUGAAUUGUAACAAUAACUCACAUACGGGAUAUGUCUCUGACAUGAAAGGCUUCUGUAGAUGGAACUUGAUUGCCAAGAAUAAGACUGUUGUUAGGCGAAGGUUUUACUUCCACAUUUUUAUAAAGUGCAAGUUUACAUCCGUAAGCCUGUAAUGAAACAGCUGAUACCUGCAUUCUUAUGAAAGAUAAAAAUGACACCGUGGGUAAAUAAAUACUUCAGUUCCAUCCUGUAA